CCCUUCUCAUGGGUUCUGGCUCGCUCUGCUUCUCUCUCUCACACUAAACCUUCACGCUGAGCUUUUGGGUUUUUCAUUCUGCAAGAUUCUCUGCAUGAAUUUAGAACACUUGCUUUUUCAAACGCAGUGUUUCCAUUUCCGCUCAGCUGUGAGCGUUUCAGAGUACCAUAAGAGCCCAGGCCUGAAUUAUUCUGUUUCAUCUUACUUUUAAGAACGUCUCUUCAGUAAGCGACAUCAUUUGCGCUUGUUUGAGCGUCUCUGCAUGUUGUAAUGGAACAGCACAGAUACUCCUGACGCUCAAAUCUAAGCUCUGGACCCGAGCGAAGCCUUGUCUAACGGAGCUGUGAACGCCUGCUGGCUCAAUGAUUUCUCCAAUGGACGUCAUUCUCAACCUGAUAACUCCAGACUCCUCACCAUCCACCUCCCCAACCAACACCAUCGAGAGGCUGGAGGGUGGUCUCGCACAGGCGGUGUCGUACGGGGCUGAUGGUUCGUUGCUGGGCUCCGAGGACGCCGGUCUUGACCCCCAGCGCACGCGGCAGGCGAUUGCUCAACUGCAGCAGAAGAUCCUGAAGCUCACAGAGCAGCUGCGCAUCGAGCAGGCGGCCCGCGAUGAAAAUGUGGCCGAGUACCUCAAACUGGCCAGCAAUGCCAAUGACAAACAGCAGAGCUCCCGAAUCAAACAGGUGUUUGAGAAGAAGAACCAGAAGUCGGCAGCGAGCAUCGCCCAGCUGCAGCGUAAGCUCGAGCAUUACCACCGGCGGCUGCGUGAGGCGGAGCACAGCGGCGUGCAGCGGCAGCCCAAAGAUGUGCUGCGGGACAUGCAGCAGGGCCUGCGGGACGUGGGCGCCAGAGUCAUCACAGGCCUCAGCGAAGGUGUGGUGGACAGCGUCAAGGGGGGACUGUCGAGUUUCUCCCACGCCACACACUCCGCCGCUGGGGCCGUGGCCUCCAAACCUCGCGAGAUCGCCUCACUGAUUCGCAACCGGUUCGGAAGUGCUGAUAACAUCAACGUCGCGGAGGACGGCGAGGACACCGUGACCGGACGCUCUCUGGGAUCUGCUGCUGGACACCUGCAGUCCAGUCCGAAGUUUGACAGUGACGAGGACUGUUCGAGUACGACCUCGGGGUCGGUGGGAGCCCACAGCGUGACGGGAGCGCCCGGAGGUCCUCCCAGCUCCAGAGGGAACACGUUAGAGAGGGGACACGGCGGCAGCUGGGACAUGUUGCUGCAGGAGGUGCAGGAGCUGCGGGACACACAGGCACAGCUGGAGGAGUCUUUGGAGAGUCUGAAGAGCGGUUAUCUGAAAGACUGCUCGCUAUUGAAGCAAGCGCUGCAGGAGGAGAAGUUCAGGUGCGAGCGUUUAGAGGAACAAGUGAGCGAUCUGACGGAGCUCCACCAGAACGAGAUCCUGAACCUGAAGCAAGAGUUGGCCAGCAUGGAGGAGAAGAUCGCGUAUCAGUCCAACGAGAGAGCCCGUGACCUACAGGAGGCUCUGGAAGCGUGUCAGACGCGCGUCUCUAAGAUGGAGCUGCAGCAGCAGCAGCAGCAGGUGGUUCAGCUGGAGGGACUGGAGAACGCCACCGCACGAACCCUGCUGGGGAAACUCAUCAACGUGCUGCUGGCCCUCAUGGCCGUCCUGCUGGUCUUCGUGUCCACCGUCGCCAACUGCGUGGUCCCGCUGAUGAAGACGCGCAGCCGCUCCGUCUCCUCGCUGCUCCUCUUCCUCCUGUUCGCUGUCCUCUGGAGGAACUGGGACACUUUCUCAGGACACACCUACCGCUUUCUGCACGUGCCCAGAUGAGGCUACUAGUUAAAGAGGGCCUAUUAUGUUUUUUCAAAGUCUUGAUGUUGUUUUUGGGCUCUACUAGAGCAGGUUUUCCUGCUUGAAUGUUGAUUAUUUUCCUCAUAUUCUCCAUUGUUCAGCUCCUCUCUUCCCAGUCUGUCAGUAACGCUCUGUUUAGUUCCUGUCUCUAUGAAGCCCCUCCUUCUGGAAAGCACAGUGUGCUCUGAUUGGUCGGCUGGAGCAGUGUGUUGUGAUUGGUGUUUGGGAAAUGUCCCGCCAGUUUCAACACACUACUAACUAACUCAACCAGGUCCUGCCCCUUUACUUUGCAUAUGCCGUGGGCGGGAAUUAUGUAAAUGAGGAAUAUUGUGACGUGUUCGUUCCUGGAAGAAAACUCAAGACUACAAUGGAGGCAUUUCAGGGAGUUCAGAAACACUGACACUGAUAUAGAGAAGAACUCCUGCUGGACUUUGGAGAGCUUUUUCAUGCUCAAACAGCAACAUCACACACUAAAGAGAGAUGAACAAAAAACAUAUUUUAAUUCCCUAGCUAGCCACAGAAGAACUGCUGAUUUCAGACUGUUUUUCACAGCGUUGUUUCCAAUUGAAUGCCUUUUGAAUCAGUUUAAUAUUUUUUGUAUUUCUAAUAUACUUUAGUUGAAUGUAGCAUUCUGAAUUAGUUCACACAAAAAUGAAAAUUCUGUCAUUAUUUGCUCAAUGUUGCGAGUGAACGCCUGCAUGCUGGUGUUUUUUCUGUUGAACACAAUUUCGAGCAGGUCUUUUGUGUGCAACAGUAAUGCCAUGUGACUCGAGAUGAUGAAGAUGAUGAUGAACAAUUGAACGAACAAAAACAGUGAGCUGCUGUCGUAUGGAAAAGAGCCGUGUGAAGAUUCUUCUCAAUUUCUCCUUUUGUGUUCAGCGGAAAGAAUAACGUCAUGUAGUGCGAGUGAAGUAAACCACGACACGACUGUCAUGUUUAGUGACUCAAACUCAGCAGACUGAAGUAAAAAUCAGGUGUGUUUGACCUUUGACAUGUGAUGGACUGUUACAGUACUCUGUCCUCACUGUGACGUCUGAAGGACGCCGGAUUCCUGCUUGAAAUGGACCGAUGGACGCUUUUAGGUUAUUAUUUUCAAAAAAUGAAAGGAUUUUGUCUUGCUUUAUCUGAUGUAAAAACUUUUAAAUGAAGUAUUAAUUUAUUGAAUAUUGCACUGCCUUACUGGACCGGUGACAGCAGAGAAACACAGUAACAGUAGCUGUUAUUGCUUAUUCAUAAUGUGUAAUAUCAAAAGCCAAUAUUUUUGAUAUUAUGAGGGAGAGAUUUGUGACGGUCUGUAAGUUCCUUUGUCUACUGUAGUAAUGGAUCGGGACUGUUCUUAUUAAUUCAGCGCGUUGUAUGUGUUUGAUAAUGAGCUCUACUCACACCUCAACAUACGAGUCGCUGCAGAUUCUUAUGAAUUUAGCACAGUCGUCUAACUGUACGAUAUGUCUGAUAUAAUAAUGCUCAGGGGAAUGUCCUCUGCAGAAGCUGUAUUGUGCUGCCACGGGAUGAGUUUACAGUAUGUGAAGGAUUUAAACCACUCUAGUGCCUUCAACACAUCUUCUGUAUGACUGUAUGUCAUCUUUAUAAUAAAGAUCAUUUCUCACUA